AUGCUUACCUAUCUUCAAGUACACUUAUGCUUCAUAUUUCCUCCAAUCUUCUUCCUGUUUGCUAUACUACGCCCUGUGUUGGGUAGAAGGGAUGUUAUAAAGAUUAUAUUUCUGACUGUUAUUGCCACUGUGUAUACCACCCCUUGGGAUAAUUGGCUCAUCGCCCAGUCGGGCUGGGCUUAUCCUGAAGGUUCCGUAUUAUUGACCAUCGGAUAUAUACCAAUUGAAGAACACCUCUUCUUUAUCCUACAACCGAUCUUGCUAAUUCUACUACACACGGCUUCGACCCAUCCUUCGUUACUCCCAUUCAACGUGCAGCGUCUACUAGCCUCUUCAUCAUCCGCCAACCUUCAUUCGGAUGUGGACGGUGAAACUGUAUCUCUGAGCCAAUCUUAUAAAGAAUUAUCAAAUGGGCAAAAACCAAAGUCUCGUGUCAAGACAAGUCAGCAGGAUAUGAAAGGCCGAGACACGAUCCAAACUUUACCUUACCGACCUUUCGCUGCUUUCGUUUGGGGAUUGGUCUUCUUGUUUGGACUUGCACUGGUCAACGAAGCACAUGACAACUUACAUCUUCCCUUGCCACAAGUAUUUCAAAUGGGCAGAAAAGUGUUGUAUCUCGGCUGGAUCUUGGUCUGGAUCGCCCCCGUCCUAUCAUUUGUCACUUUCAUCGGAGCGAGGAAUUUCGAUAGUCCCGGUGAUAAAUGGACGUUCGCCUUAGGAACAGGAUGGCUCUUGAUGGUUGACACAAUUGCUAUUCGUUCAGGAUCAUGGACCAUCAAUACGGAUACCUCUAUAGGUGUAGAAUUGUGGCGUGGUAUGCCAUUAGAAAUUAUCGAACAUAUCAAAAUACUCAAUCGAGUCGCUCUCAGUCGGCCGAAAAUCGAUAUACAUAUGUUGAGCGAUCUAGCCUUGGCAGAACAAAUUUUGAAACGGGGUAGUAAAAGUUUCGAAGUUGCGAAGAUGGCUUUUGGACGAGAAAUGAGAAUUCCUUUGGUCGCUAUAUAUGCAUGGGCAAGAGUUACCGAUGAUUUAAUCGACGAUUUACCUCCUUGCGAUCUAACCAAUGGUGAUUUAGUUCAGUAUAAAAUGAAGAUCAUCGAUAGAAUCCGACAACAUCUUCAUGCGGCUUAUGAUGGUUCAGAUUGUGUUGAUCUCGAAGGAAUCAUGGACAAAAUCCCUCAUUUGACAGAAGAAGGAAAAUCGGCUUUUAGGUUGUUUUCGAAGAUUGUUCCGAGAUUAAUACCUAUUCAUCCGUUUUUAGAAUUGUGUAAAGGGUACGAAACGGAUUUACGAUUCUUAUCUCCUCCUCGUACCACUAUCACGUCGUCUUCUCCUUCGACGAAAUCAUCAACCAAUUCGACGAUCAAUUUCCAGACGAUGUUACGGGCGAAACUGGAAAAUCCCAAUUUUUCACUGGAGAAAUAUUUACCGAUCAAAAACAUUUCCGAUCUCAUGCAAUAUGCCGAUCAUGUGGCGGGGGGAUCUAUAGCUGCAGCUGUUUGUUAUCUCUCUUGGUCCGUUUUGACCCCUCCGAUGGAUUCUAAUGAAGGAUCGGAAAUUGAUAGUUCAAGACCUGUGGACAAUUUCAAAUGGAGUGAGAGAAGUCCUCCUCGUGCCAAACUGAAUUUCAUUUCCGACGAGUACGAAUCGACAAAUGAUAAGCGAAAUAUAUCGGAAGUGAAGCCAAAUGUGAAGGGAGAUAAGAGAUCGAAAGUUUUGGUAAAGGAAGUGAGAGAUACGUCAAUUUCAGAAGGAUGUGAAAAGAAAGAUGAACAAGUGGAAGAAAGAAAAAAGAUCCUUCAAGCUGCUACAGAAAUGGGAAGGGCAUUACAACUAGUCAACAUUUCUCGUGAUGUUGUUAAAGACGCAUUGAUCGGUAGGAUAUACGUUCCUCUCACUUAUUUCACAUCUAAACAAUCUAUCGUGGAUCUUCUUUUACCAUCAACGAGAAUACAAUCUUACGCCACGUACAGUCUACCACUUUUAGACAUCGCCGAGAAAUUAAGAGUUGGGUCAGAAGAUGCUAUAGGAAAGAUGCCAAGGGGAGCUAGAGGUGGAUUGAGAGCUAUGAUCGCCAGUUAUUUCAAGAUUUCUCAAGGGGUACGUGAUAAGAAUGGAGAGGUGGAUGAGAGAGGUGUAAAAGUUAAUCAGUUGAGUAGGGUAGGGGCGGCUGCAAAGGCUAUGUGGUGGGGUUGA